AGUUUUGAUAUGACCGAGAAAUCUAAAGAGACUAUUUUCACUGCUUUGAGAAAUCCAUCAUGUAGCAAAGGAUGGCUUCGAUGGAUUGUCCAAUUGUUUUUCGGAAUUAUCAUUGUGUCCAGUUUUACACUUAUUCUGCUAAUGUCUUUAAAGACAAGGCCUUCGAAGUAUGAUCAACUUUCAAGAUGCAGUAUUCAUAACUGUAGGGUGGUUUGUUUUGAAACACCAUAUUACGACAAAUAUGAAAACGAUAUUAUCGAAGCGGCUUGGCAAACUAACGCUAUCUGCCCAACAAUAGUACUAACCUUACAACGCCCACACUUUCCAAAUAGAACACUGCCCCAGAAUUGGUUAUCUAAAAUACGCUCUCAUGUAAAUGAAUUAGCGAUUAUUGACGGCAAUCUGAAGCACAUACCACACCGUGCUUUCAAUACGCACUUCUCUAGUAAAUUGAAUACAUUAAUAUUGGAAAAGGUUGGGUUAUCGAGCUGGGAACCCGAAACUUUCAUGGGAUUGACAGGCCUCAAACAACUAUACAUCAAAGAUUGCGUUUUCAAAAAUGUAACAAGAAACGCAUUGCAAGCUGUUGACGACACUUUGGAAUUCUUGGAUAUAAAAGCGGGCUUUGAGUGGAAUCCGAGAAACCUUACUGGAUCGGCGGACCUAAGAGCUAUAAGCGUUGUGGAUUUUUCAUUAAACCCGUUUUACAGUAUUCUGGACAAAUUCAGCUUUACACAGAUACGUAUGUGCAAGAUACUUCAUUUAAAUUCUUGUCGUAUAAGCUAUCUUGGACUGGGAACUUUUGAUCCUUUGGAUUACAUAGAGAAGAUAUAUUUAAACGACAACUAUUUGGUCGUCGUUUCUGAUGAUUUUAACGAUUAUUGUAAAAGAAAUGAAAAGCCCCAACCCGAUGUAGAAUUGGGGGAAUUGGGCAAUGAAGAUAAUCAAAUUCAUAAAGAUCGUAAAUCAAAUAAUAAAACACAUACAUUUCACAUAAAUGGCGUGUGCUACAACUCUACAUGUCAAGUAUUUAGAGUUGAUUCUGAUGUAUAUAAUAAUGGUUGUCGCAUAAAUAGAUUAAAAAUAAAUGAAAUGACAAGAGCUAGAAGUUCAAAUUUAUGGCCUGAUGCUCAAGACAGUGACUGGUUAAGUUUGACAUUUUCUAUUCGCAGCAAUCAACUGUCCAUCGUAGAGUUGUCACCGAAGAACGUGGACCCAGACCAAGGACUACUUUGGUUUGAAUCCAGUUGUCCAGAUGACGUGUAUUGCAUAAAUUCAAUUCCAGAUGUUUUAAAAAUAUUCGACCAACGUUAUGGUGUGCAAUACACGUUCUGCCUCUUUGAUUUGCGUACUUCCGUUAUAAAGUCAAGCCAAUGCAUUUCCUAUACGUUUCCUAUAUCAAGUGAUAUGAACGUCGGGUAUUCAAAGAGUAAAUUCAUGAUUAUUGGUUUUACAAUUCUGUCAAUAAUAUGCCUGAUCUGUGGCGCUAUCUGCGUUUACGCCUUGAUUCACCGCAACCCAAAUCUACUGAAAGGAAAUAAACGAAUCGUAUUUGUAAAGCAUAAAGAAAUCAAUGCAUUAAUUCUACCGCCCAAAGUACCCUUACGAAGCUUUGACCACUCAAAUGAUGAUAAUGUAGAGAAAAAAAUCUUUUUUGUGACAACUCAUCAAAGUGUAUCGAAUUUGGAAAGAACCGAGUCAUUCAGCCCUAGUAGCAAUGAAGUGAGUUAUAUAUCAGCACUACAACCGACCCAUGAGCAAUUAACGCAAUGGCGAAAUAAACAAUCUUUAAAAUCACCGUAUAAAUCUCCUGCUGACUUCAAUUUUUCUAAAAUGUUCAAUAAUGAUUCGCUGCCAUAUUACUCGCUAAACGAAACAAUCUACGACACACCAUACGACGCGGUUAGAAAUGAAAUAGCACGGAAACAAUAAUUGUUCUUGAGCUAAAUGUAUUCAUAAAUCACUUGUCUACAGAUCACCGUUCAGAGCAAUCAUUAAUCAUGGUAUUAAGAGAUACGAGA